AUGCUCUUACAAGUGGAACAAUGGAACUUGUUGAUAAGUACACUGUGCCUGGUGUCGGCCAGACCAAGUGAAGAACACGGCGGUUACGGUACGAGUGGAGGUGGUUCGAGUUACGGCGGAGGUUCGGAAGGUUACAGUGGCGGCUCAGGAAGUUAUGGAGGCGGCUAUGAAGCCAGUUCUGGAAGUGGUGGUUGGACCGGCAUAAGUACUGGUCAUGGCGGUUAUGGCGGUGGUGAAUCCAGUUACGGUAGCGAUUCCGGCUACGGUGGCGGUUAUGCAAGUGCAGGACAUGUCGACACCUCCAGUUACGGAGGCGGUUUUGCCUCCGGACAUGGUGGAGAUGGCGGAUUUGGCGGCGGACAUGGAGGAGAUGGCGGCUAUGGAGGCGGAUAUUCGACAAUUGCCCACACUUCCGAAAAAACAAAACCAGUGCCUGUGCCAGUUUACCAAAAAGUCGGAGUACCAAUUCCACACCCUGUCCCAGUUCCAAUUCCACAAUAUGUCAAAAUCGGCAUUCCUCAACCUUAUCCCGUUCACGUAGUUAUGCAACAGCCGAUACAUGUGCCGAUUUACAAAGUCGUAACAGAAGUGAUUGAAAAGAAGGUUCCAUACACAGUAGAAAAACCAUAUCCAGUAGUAGUAGAAAAGCCAUAUCCAGUACAUGUGGAACACAAAGUUCCAGUUCCUGUACCGCAACCAUACCCCGUGCAUGUGCCAAUCUUCAAGCAUGUCUUGAAAAAAAGUAGCGGUUGGAAGCACUGA